GCAUCUAUCCUCGAGAACCUAAAAAUAAAAAAAAGGCCAACAAAGGAUCGACCGCGCCUACAACACUUUACUAUACUAAAGAUAUUCAAUAUCUUGCACAUGAACCGAUACUUAAGAAAUUCCGAGAAUACAAGAUCUUUAUAAAAAAAUUAAAUAAGGCGCUCGGAAAACAACAACUGAGCGUCGCAAAAAGUUUAGAAAAGAACAAGCCGGUGUAUACGUUAGAUCACAUCAUCAAAGAAAGAUACCCGGCUUUCACUGAUGCAUUACGAGAUCUCGAUGAUGCGUUAUGCAUGCUGUUUUUAUUCGCUACCUUUCCUUCCACAGACAAGAUUAAGUCUGAAACAGUUGCAAAUUGCCAACAAUUAUCCCUUGAAUUUCAGCAUUACGUGAUUCGCAGUCGUAGCCUUCGUAAAGUAUUUUUGUCUAUCAAAGGCAUUUAUUAUCAAAUUGAAACCAAAGGUCAAACAAUAACUUGGCUAGUUCCUUAUCAAUUUAGUCAACAGGUUCCUAAUGACGUUGAUUUUCGUGUCAUGCUUACAUUUUUGGAGUUUUACCAAACCUUUGUCGGUUUUGUGAACUUUAAAUUAUACACGGAUAUGAAUUUGGUCUACCCUCCAAAAUUAGAUAUAUCAAAAGACGAUGGUGCAGCUGGGUUAAAUGCCAUUAUUAUUGAGGAAACGAACAACUUCUCUCUAGCAACGAGUCAAGUUAAGGCUGAUCAACAAUUGGUAGGAGGAGCCUUAUCGCUUGAAGAGUCGGCGCAGAAAAUUAAUUCUGAAGAGCGUUUGAAGACUUUGCCAAAAAAACUUGUAGAAAUCAAAAACAAAGAUGAACGUGCAGUAUCAGAAAUCACGUCAGAUAGUGUUGAUAAUACUGAAACCGAGGAAGCAUUAUUAGAUGAUUUUAUAGAUCAAACACCUGUCCCAUCUACAUCCCAGGAGCAGGAUGUCCUAACGCAGACUUUUACUUAUCGAGAUAUUUAUUCAGCAUCCGUGGCACUUUCUGAAUUUGAAAAUUUAUUUUCAAAAUGCGUAUUUUAUCUUUCGCGCGAGGUUCCGAGAUAUUCCUUAGAAUUUAUCAUUCGUGCAUUUGGUGGUCAGGUCGGAUGGGAUGCCACACUUGGUGUAGGAUCGCCGUUCACAGAGAGCGAUGAUCGGAUUACCCAUCAUAUUAUCGACCGUCCAAUAAUAAAAGAUCAAUUUUUAACACGUGUCUACGUUCAGCCACAGUGGGUUUAUGAUUGUAUUAAUGCCAGAAAGUUACUGAAAACUAAACAGUAUCGGCCAGGUAAUGAAUUGCCACCACAUAUGUCACCCUUCGUUGAACACAAAGAAGGUGACUAUGAACCUGAAAUGAAAAACGAUUUUGAAGAAAUGGCUGAAGAAACAAGUGCACGAUCAAAAGAGCAACAUGAUCAAGACAGUGAUUAUGUGGAAAAUGAAACUGACAACGAAGACAUGGUUUAUCAGAUGGAGCUUGAAGCUGAAGCAGCUGGAACACCAUUCGCCAAAUAUAAAGAAAAUCAAGCGAAACAAAUCAAUGAUGGAAAGUUCCAUAAUAAUAGUUCAUCGAAACCGCGUGCUGUGAGCGGCAAGAAACGUACUUCUAAAGAAAUUGAAGAACAAGAAAUUAAAGAGUUGGCCAAAAUUAUGAUGACAAAGAAACAGAAAAAACUGUAUUCAAAGAUGCAGUAUGGAAAGAAAAAGCAAGAGGAAAAAGUUUUAAAUUUAAAGCGCAAAAAAGAAGAAAUUGAUCGUCAAAAGAAAAAUGUUGUUUCUACUUCCGUAAAGGAUAACAAAAAGAGGAAAUAA